CGGAAGUCGAGGGCGCUCGGGGAUUCCCCGAGGGAAGUUCCAGCUCAUUGUAAAACAUACAAAAUGUUCAUUUGUACGAAAUAGUUCAUUUCCUCCCGUUAAACGCGUACAUAUACGUGUAUCACCGUCGCGAUGUCCAGACUGCUUUUAAGUUUAUGCGUUUGGGGUGUUUUGGAGUGAAGCUGUUACUGACAGGUCUGGUGCUAAUCUCACUCCUCUGAGUUAAAGAAGGGGUUUGUGUGUGCCUGGGACGAGGGCCCGGGACCACCCGUCCGGCAUGUUACUGAAGGCCCGGGAAUGGACAGGAACAUCAGUGAGCAGCUCAACAAAGCCUUCGAAGCGUACCGAAAUGUGUCUAUUGAGAAAGAGUCGGCCAGAAAGGAAUUUCAGCAUAAGAGCGAGCAGUAUCAGCGGCACACUCAGAUGCUGGAGAGAAAGAUAGAAGAGCAGGCGAAGACCAUCAUACAUCUUAAAGCUGAGCUCAGUUCAGUUCGUAAACAUGCAUCAGAGGAGGUCUGCGAGCCUGCGUACAGAAAAAAGGAAGUAGAAACCUUGUCACCUAGCGAUCAUCGCUCUGACAACCCGUCCAGUCCCCACAGGACUAACCAUUUCCUGAUAAAGGAACCCACAGAGUAUUCUGGGAUGCUUCCCCACACAAUAUCUGCUCCCGGUGAAAUGAAGAGUGAGAAUUUUCUGGACACUUGGCAGGAAAUCCAGGGGACUUUCCAGAGGAUCCAGACUCUAACCAGACGGCAGAAAGAUCACCUGAAGAGAAUACACAAAGGAAAUGAGACAUCUAAUGUGCAGUUUUCCAUGCCCAUCCAGUGCACCGACGACACGGCCGAACAAGCCGAGGUGCCGUUUUCCUCACCGCUGAGGUCAGAGGUCGAUGAAUCCUCGAACUCCGCGUCCCUCGCAUCACGUGGCGCAGUUCCAGUCGACACCUCUUUUGACCACCUUUCCCUAAGCGGCCUGAGUGUGAAGUUUCCCCCAAACGCAGACGACCAGUACGACUUUCUCAACAGUACACCGGAUAAACGAGUGGACCUGCCUCUGCACAGACUGGACCUGGGAGACCAAUUGCACACAAUGAGGGAGGAGUCUUGUUCAUCAUACCCCGCCCCCUCUUCCUCAGCUCACACAUCUGCAUCCGCAUCUUCUGCCUCACACGAAAAUGUACGAGGACCUCAACAGCUUUUUUGGACUCCAGACCUCCCGGACUUGUCGGCCCAGGCGUCGGGGACAGACGCUCAGCAGAUGAACAGCCGAGAGAAGUGUGCCUUUUGUGAGGAUGAUGUACACCCAAAUCACAUGUAUAGCCACCUCAAUUCACACUUCAAGAACAAUGCUGGCGAUUGACACACGCGGGCAAGGGGUCGCCCGCCGGACUGAAACGGCCUUUAUUCAUGGCUUUAAGUAGCACACUUCCCUUCUGAACACAUUUGCUCACGUCCGUCAGUGACACGAUGAAGAGAGCGGAACCUUCCGCGGUCGUUUAUUUAAUUA